UUCUAUUUGUACAACUGGGAGGCAUAUCUAGCCAAAACAACGUCACUUCAGCCACCAGAAUUUUUUUUUUAAAUUGUUUUUAGGAAAAAUCUGUGUUGUAAAAGAUAACAUUGAAGUGUGUUAAGUGUGUUGGGCGCUGAGUCAAUACGCUGCGGAAGAUUAUAUACAAAACUUCUGGACGGUAAACAAGUAUGUCUCUACUAAGGCGAUAUAACCAAACCAUGGCUACUUUAUGGUCGAAGAGUCUCAAGAUGUUCAUCUUUCAAGUGUAUCUACUAUUGUGGUCUUUCUUACACGUAACUGGACAGUGUCCAUCAGGCUGUAGUGAAUGUCUGCCAGGAAGUACUGCAGUCUGUGGGUCAGUGUGUCCAAAUAAAAUUAAUUUACCAACAGAUAUUACAACUUACGUUCAAAAAGGAAAUGGUACUUGUGAUACACCAGGAAGACCAUGGGCACUUCGAACUGACAAUUUUAUCAAUUACACCAAGCUGGAAAACUAAGUAUUACCUAUUCUAAUGUGGCUGCCAUACACCCAACACAGCCUCCGUUCAGGCAUUUAACGAAUUUCAGAGUUCUUUCAUUAGCACACAAUAUGUUCAGGGGUUUCGGCAAAACUUUAUUAGGACUGACCAAAUUAGAAGAACUAGACUUAAGUUCUAACUUGAUGGGAGCGUUGUUAAAUAAAUCAAUGGAAACAUUAACAUCAUUACACACUUUGAACCUGGAUCACAAUCGCCUGAGUCAAUUAAAUAAAGAAACAUUUCAUGGACUUGUAAGUCUCAGAACAUUGAUUCUGUCUAACAACCCUCUUGUCUCAUUGGAUCAAGAUUUAUUUCUGCCACUGACUAAUAUUGAAAACAUUUAUUUGCAUAAUGUCAACAUCCAAACUAUACCAUCAGGUUUAGUAACUCAUCUGACAGCUCUCAGAAACCUUGAUCUUUCCAAUAAUUCUCUAUCGACUCUAAGUGAUGACAGUUUUGAUGGGACAUCGUUGGAUGAUUUAGAUCUAUCCUCUAAUCAACUGACAUCAGUUCCAACAGCAGCCAUGAAGCGAUGCAACAAACAACCCACACAACUUUCACUGGCCCACAACCAAAUUUCAAGUCUUUCUAACUCUGACAUCAAAGAUUUCACAAUAGAAACUUUAGAUCUUAGUCACAAUCAAAUCAGUCAGAUUCCAAGAGACUUUUUUCAAAAUGUUAAAAUUACUAAUAUAUAUCUCAACGGUAAUCCUAUAAAUAUGAUAGAGGAUAAUACAUUUGAUGGCCUCAAAUUGUCCAGUCUUGACCUUAGCAACACUAGACUAGUGUCUCUGUCCAGUUCAACAGAGACCUGGCUGAAAAAUACAUCGGCCAAAGUCAAUCUCAACAACACUAGCUGGCAAUGUGACUGUGACACUCUUUGGUUGGCCGAACUCUUGACCACUCACACAAACAUAGUCUCACCGACAUGUGGAGUCAAGUAUUCUGGUCAACUUUUGUCCACUGCAACAAAUCAGAUAAGAACAGACUGUAUAACGACUACAACACAAUCAACAACAACGAUCAGUCAUUGUCCAGCCAACUGUACACAGUGUGAUCCUGGAGGUACUGCAGUAUGUAGUACAAUGUGUGUAUCUAAAGCCAAUCUACCAAAGGACAUAACAACAUACAUACAAACAGGAAGUGGUACAUGUAAUGGAGUAGGCAAAUCUUGGAUACUUCGAACAGAAAAUUUUAUCAAUUACACAAAACUUGAAACUAUCAGUCUGACAAAUUCUAAUGUGGCCAACUUUCACCCAAGAGAUCAUCCUUUUGAACAUUUAGGAAACAUUUUAAAAUCUUUGUCACUUGCUCAUAACAGAAUUUUAACGUAUGGAAGAAAUUUAGAAAAUUUAACCAAGUUAGAAGAAUUGGAUCUGAGUUAUAACAACAUUUCGGGAAUGUUAAACAAUUCAUUGUCAAAUCUUAGACUAUUAAAAACUCUUAUCUUUGAACAAAAUCAAAUUAAACAUUUAUAUAACGAAACCUUCACUGGACUAGACAGCUUACAAACACUUGUAUUGUCACACAAUCCUCUAGAAUCUAUUGACAAAGUCACAUUUAAGCUGCUGACAAAUGUUGAAACUAUAAAACUUCAAGAUGUACAAAUGAAUGAUAUUGAUCCAAAUUGGUUCGCUCAACACAAGACAUUGAGAAAUAUUGAUCUUUCACACAAUUUCCUCAAGUCAAUUGAUGAGAGAAGUUUUCUGAUGACGUUUUUAGAAGACCUGGACUUGUCUUACAAUAAUUUGACGUCAGUACCUACUGCAGCAAUCAAACGAUGUACUAAGCAACCAACAAGACUUUCAUUAGCCCACAAUCAAAUUCCAAAUAUUUCCAACGCUGAUAUCGUUGACUUUACUGUGGAAACUUUAGAUCUUAGUGACAAUCAAAUCAAUCAGAUUCCAAAGGAUCUAUUUCAAAAUGUGCCAAUAGAAAGUAUCAAUCUAAGCGGAAAUUCAAUUGAUAAAAUAGAAGACGGCACAUUUGAUGGACUCCAGCUGUUGAACCUUGACCUUAGCAACACCAGACUCGAGUCUUUACCAAGAUCAACAGAAAAGUCGUUGGCCAACACCUCCACCAAAAUCAAUCUCAACAACACUAGCUGGCAAUGUGACUGUGACACUCUUUGGUUGGCAGAGCUCUUGACCAAUCAUUCAAACAUAGUCUCACCGACAUGUGGAGCCAACACGAAGUACUCGGGUCUACUGUUGUCCACAGCAGCAAGUCAGUUGAAAAACGAUUGCAAUAGAAGUAAGUCAUGUACACAACUUAAAGAGUGAAUGAAGUCAUUGAGUAGACAUUGAAACUAUUAUCACGUCUCAUUAACUACUUCAGAAACAAACCACGGUUUACCCGUAUCAGCGAACUUUUUUUUUUUUUUUUGCAUUUUUUAAAAACAAAACUAAUUUCUUUC